AAGCACAAGAUCGCGGAGGAAGAGUAGUGUUGUACGAUCAUCCGAAGGAGACGGGAAGGAAAAAGUUGCCAAGCAGUGUGACUUUAUAUAUAAUUUACACCGAAAUAGUGUUCUCGGACGACGAUAGCCAAAGGCGCGGAAUAAUUCGGUGAAACGACUCGCCCUCGCCUCGCUCGCUUCCCCACCCUCCCCCUCCCUCUACGAAGGAAAACAAUCCCCCGUUAUUAGAUGACUGGCGAAUAGCACGCAAUAAGCGAAAUCGUCGGACCGAAAGAAACGUGCUUGGCGUAGCAUCGCGAGGAGACCCGAGGAGCAACGCAUGACUGCAGCGAGCACACUCGCGUAUUAAUUAAAGAAAUGGAUACAGUAAUUACGAGGCCACGUCGGCGACUAAGGAUACGGGCCAAUUCGGCGCGUUAAAUGCUCCCCCGAGGAUCCACGUUUCGGCCGAGGCUCUCGCGGAUCUGGGAUGGCUUCUGGGAGCAGAAGCAGCGGCAACAUCAACAGUGUUAUCGGAUCAAACUCAGUUAACAAGCCCAUGUCGUCGCCCAUAUUGGUUGCUGGAAGUAGAUAGAUUUUAAAUCGAGUCAACCGCGCGGGAACAACGAAGUUAGCACGACAAAAUAAUCCGGUGGGGUGGCUAUCAGAUCGCGUAUCCCGACACCGUGUAUAUAAUGAAAGCACGUGGAACGGGACGGUAGUUGACCGAGGGCCGGUGGAUGCUGCAAAGAAGAAAUUGAAUCCUAUCUUACACGUCGCCUAAUCGUCCGACACGUCGCAGAGUUAUCAAGGGAGUUAUCUCUAUUUGGCCUGACGUGAGGCCUCAAAGAUGUAGAUACGAGUAGUUACAGAGGAGACACUCUUGACCCUAUCCCUCCCCAUUUGCAAAACCUUUCGUGUAUAUCGCGAAUAGCAACGAUAUUCACAGAGAGAGAGAGAGAGAGAGAAGAGAGAUCAAUCACGAAAAAGCACUGCCAGGCUAUAAGAUAUCAAAAUACAACGCGACACAUCGACAUCGGAGGGAAACGCGCCGGAUGUCGCGGUCAAAGGGAACGACACGGUGAGAGAAGCUCGAGAGACAGCCGGUGUGAUUUCAGGAAUGUGACGUGACAGGAUUCUCCGCGAGAGGAAAUUAGUAUCCUUGAAUAGAACUAUAGAACGAGAGAGAAAGAGAAGGACAUCAGCAAAGACACAUUUGAACAAGUGUCCUUACGAUUCUCAUUGUCCUUGUGGUGAAGCGACGAGGUUGACCCUUUAUUAUGGAAUGAGAUGCCCAGACAGGGUGUCUAAGUGUUCAGAAUCAUCCCCCCCGACACGGUUCGGUCGAGCGUUAUGACCCCGAUGAUGCGACUGUUCCUCCUAUUCGUCCUGAUGGCCGUACAGUCCUGCUCGACUGUCUGCUCGGCGAGCGGCGACGGCGGACCCAACAGCCCGAUCUUUAAUCUAGACCACACCGCUCUGGAGAAGAACCUGGCGGCGAUCUUUAACAAGGUAGCGCACAGCUCUGCGACCACGAAACGCAGCGUGCCGGCGUAUGACGCUCAGGUAUCGGCCAGUACGACGCUGUCGACGGUGCCGUCGCCGUUGACCACCAGUACGAUCACCAGCACUACUACCGCUAGCCCGUCGAUACCUGCCGUCAAGUAUCCGGCAGUGCCACGGGCCACAGCCUCGCCCAUCCUCCGAGAUCUUCCGUCGUACGCGCCACCCUCCAGAGCACUCUUUACGCCGCCCUUACCGCCAGAGUACCUGCAUCCGUUCGCCGACAAGCCCACGCUACGCGGCACCAACUCGGAUGUGUACACCGGCAACAGGAGGCCGGUGCCACCGCCAAGCCUGACGCCGGCACACGAGCGGAUACCCAUCCGACCGCCGGAUCUACCUCAGAAUCCCUCCUCCCAAGUGCCGGAGAGGCAUCAUUCCCACUCAAGGAACAAGCCGGCGAAUGUGCCCGACACCAGAGGGGAGCAAAGGCCUGCGGAGUCCGGCGAAACCGAUCGACGGAACAGUACCAAUGACCCUUCAUUCGUGACCCUUCAUUACCCCAGCAUCUCGAGGAUCUUGUCCGGCAGCAAUGGCAGGAAGCAGGAUAUUCCCGAUAUAUUGUUGAAGCCGUUAGCCACGAAGAGCCCGCUGCUACCGAACAUACCGCCUGCUCCGACGACCGAGAAGACUACGUUAGCACCAAGCACCAUCACAUCCGGCAGCACCGCAGAUCCUUCGAGAAUUGCCGUUACCCAACCGACCAUCUUCAACCUACCAAACACCGGCCGGCAAGACGACGACAGCUAUCAUCACGGGCUAAGAAACGAACACGAGGAUAGUAUCGAGAUAGUGGACACGGAGAGGCUGCCGUAUCCGCAGCAGCAGCCGCCGGCAUCGACGCCGAAGCGACCAACUAAUAAUGCCGACGACGAUGACGAUAAGCGUCUGGUGCCGCACGUCGACACACAUUCGCUCGAGUCCACUUGGCGCAUCGCCUGGUCGCUGCACGUGUACCUUGCGGCGAUUAUGUUCACGCUCAUGGCUCUAUACUCGAUCUACAAGAUCGUGCGUUUCAACGAAGCGACGAAUUUACUCACGCAGUCAUAUUUCCUAGCUGUUCAUCUGCUGCUGACUACCAUCUGCACUCUGAGGUGCUUCCACCUCUUCUACGACGCUUAUAAUCUCGGACAAUCGCUGCCGGAGCCGUUGUCCAGUGUGCUAAUGUAUCUGCCGGCGCCGCUCUUAUCCACGGCCUUCGCUACUCUGGUACUAUAUCUCGCUCGGUGUUCGGAGGCGCCAUCGCUCAACAACAGUAUCCUUUCGCCCACCACGCUCAUACUCUCGUCCAUAGUGCACAUUGUGCUGUGCGUGUCCCUUCAUGUGUCCUCGCACGUGCUCGGCUAUCAGAACGGGGCGCAAAUUCUGCCGCUCAUCUGUCAAUGUAUCUAUAUCAUUGUCUGCGUUACGCUGGGUCUAUGCUACAUGUACGUAUACCGCGUGGUGCGCUCACAAAUCCACGUGGCCAGUAACAAGGCAGCCGGCGCGAAUCAUAUGAUGGGUGCCGAUCCUACCACAGUGGCGCUCAACACUGCCAUUACCACCACCAUCGCCACUGCUCUGCUGUUCUUUCUCAUGGGUUUCGUGCAGCUCUAUGGUAUAUUCGGCAUCCAGGAACAUCCAAGAAACGUGCAUCCGCAGCCGCAUCCGCGUCCGUGGCUCUGGUGGGGUUGGCAGUUCUCAGUCAGAGUGCUGGAGCUAUGCGUCUGCGGUCUCCUGGCCUGGGUCGCUAGUCUAUCCCAGUAUCCUCUGCGCGAAAAACAAAUACAGCAACACUCGGUGCAUUCGGGCUUCGCGCUGUUUCCUUGCGGCAGUUCCACUUCCACGGAGAACAUGGACGAUGUGCUCUAUCCCGCCAUAUGUAGUACCAACCAAGCGAUUCAGAAUUACACCAUGAGAACGGGAAAACAAGUUUACGAUGACAGUUUUCCGCUAAACACUCUGCCCGAGCAUUUGAACAUAUCAGGUACCUUUGAGAGACAUUCCAUCCGCAAGUCAGGCACAAUGGGACACUUUCCUCACGAAGGUCGAGGUUCCUUAAGUCGUCAUGGUAACGGCAUACAAACCCUAAGGAAUUCUGAAACUCGCGGCAGGCAUACGCCUAUACAAGGCCUACAUGAACAAGCUCCGACCAGCGGCUCGACGAUGCUAGUCGCCGAGGACGGCUUCGUUAGAUUCCGGAGUCUUGGCGCAGAGGAGGACGAGCUGUCCGAUACGCAGAGCAUAGUCGGUACUCACGGUAGGGGAAGCUCGCUUGCCGGUAGCGUCAGAUACAAUGCGAGGCAUUCGACAGUACAGCAUCAGCAUCCCCAUCAACAUCAGCACUCGCUGCAACACUCGCAUCCGAGUCAGCAUCAGCAAACUCACCAUCAACUUUACAACAACACGUAAAGGCUGUGCCAAUGCGAUGACUAAAACGUGAUUUUUGUUAACUCGACGAACGAGAUCGUCGAUAAUGAAAUAUAUAGGAUAUAUUGACAUGAAUCGCGGGAAUCGUCGCCCUCGCAAACUUCGGUCUAAACUCGAAAACUAAUUUUAUCUUAUACUCUAUGUAAGAUAUGUCCUGUGUAUAGACAACCUAUUGCCAUUCCCGCUCUCCCGCUUCGCAUCGACGUCCGAGCCAAGCCUCUGCCGUACGAUACUUCUAUACAUAUUUAUUUUGAUCCUCGAUAAGAGCGAGUAAAAGUAUACGGCGAACUCGUUUGGGGUUCCUCUACCUGUAUGUGGGUAGUUCAGGGUAUAUCGAAACUUGAUCUUAUAUUAGGCACUUGGUACUUAUUAAGAUUCAUGUGAUUGAAGAAAAAAAAAAUAAAGAAAUAAUGUGUCUCACUGAAGUAUAUAGGGAAACGCGCUUCUCUCUCGGUUUUACGUUCACUGUUAGUACCGAAGAUGGGCUGUGUAUUGGAGAAAACACAAGUGAUUUUAAAUUUUUUAACAUUACCAUAAUGUUAACGAAAAAUGUGUUUUAGCAAAUAUAUUACUAAUUAUUCGCGUGACUAGAAAAGACUUUGAACGUCGCAUUGUCAUGACAAUUUUUACACCGUGCAGGCAUUCAUUUUAUAUAGUCGUAUGUGCGAUGAAGCGCUUCGAAUAAUCACCUGUUUAAUCGGUACUUAUGCUUUCUUGAGUGAAACUUUUCAAGUAAAUUCGAUAUAAAAUCAGCUUUGCGACCAACAGGAGGUAUAUUUUUUAAAAAAAAAAAAAAAUUGCACGCGAGGUCCAAACACAACUGGAGAAAAUAAUUGCGAUUCUCAUUCAGGUAUUCCGAGAUUAGGAUGUGAUUGUGUCAAGCUGAAAGCGGUGUUUGUACAGUCGACGAUAAUUUAUCACUCAGUCCAAUUGUACGAUUUAGUUAGCGGCUAAGACACUAGGUUAAGAAUUGCGGAUUACAUGUUAAGUUUAGUCAUUAAGAGAGAGAGAAAGAGUGAGAGAAAGAAAGACAGAGAGAAAGAGAGAGAGAGAGUUAGACGAGUCGCAACUAACGUCAACAGAUUUACAUUUAAUAAAUCGAAAGGGAAUAAGAAAGACAUAAAAAAGAAUACUAUUACCGAUAUAGAAUAGAUGACAUAAGUGCGAUUUAACGUCACACAUACACACACAGGCCAGCAUUUUACUUUAUUUCUCAGAUUCUAAGGUACAAAAUAGUACUUUUUACCUUUUACUCCGUAUAUCGAUAGGUUUAAGCGGUCGCAGUGUAUAUGUUUAUAUAUGGACAUUGUAAAUAAGGUAUACGGGCUCGUCGUGAACGAAUCUACUGUUAUGAUGGAAUCUACGGUUAGAUUCCAUUUGACGUGUUGGAAUCUAUACAAUUCUCGGUUGUAAAUGCACACAAGACUUGUAUUUUAAUUUAUCUCAAAAGCUGUAUUUAUUAUGUGAAACAUUCCACAACAAGUGAUCAAUAUGAGUGCGCGAUCGAUUUGUGUGGGAUUUUAUUGCACUUAUAAAUUUCUCUAGACGCUAAAACGAAACGGAACAAAUGUAAAUAAAAGCUUUUUUGCGAAAAAAAAUUUCUACGUUUAUCUUUUGAAUGAAAUUUCAGCCGUUCACGCGCAUCGAACGUACAUAUGUAUAAAAAAAGAUAUCGUUUUUACACUUUUAUAACAAAUGGACUUUUAGUUGAAAUACGUCUUUACAAAUUGUUGUUCGCGAUAUUAUUAAUUUAUCUGGAUAAUAUCAUUCAGAUAAAUUUUACAAGAAUAAUAUCUAUGUUUAGAAUAUCCACACAUACUAUGCAAAAGGUUCCGAAUUUAGGUUUCCUAAACAAAUUUUAUAAUGUAAUAUAUAUAAAUAUAAUCUCGUG